GCAACGGACACAAUGGGAGUUAAUACGAUUUGAAAUUGAGUUUCCCAUCUCCUCAAAAGUGUAUCUGACAGGAAUUAACUCAGUGUUGCACCCGGAAACAUAAUGUUAGUUGUAGUUUUCUGCGUUUACUGCUGAUGGAGCUAGCGGUUUUGUGGCGGAUGGUACUACACAAUGAGUCUGGUCCGCAAACGCAAGUCCAGCUCUCUCAAAGGCGGCCCUGCCAAGUCUAUUAGGACAGGGAAACUACAGUCUACUAGAACACCAGCAUCCUACAAUGCAUCAUCACCACUCACAACAGAGGCCAGUGCCAUCGUUACCAUUUCCACGGAGGAGAGAGUCCCGGAGAUCCAUGGGACAUCAUCGCCAUGGAGACGGUCUCCCAGGUUCAAGAGUCAUGGCCUGAUUGGCCAGGUUCCCAGCUCAGACCUUUUAGUUGCUGAGGGAUCUCCAGGUCAGGUAGAGAAUGAAGAGGAGGCAGGCCAAUGCAGCCCUGCACAGUGCCCCCCUCAGACAGAAGAGGAAACAGACCUGGUCAUCACAAUGGAUGACAGGCAGGGCGGGGGACACAAAGGCAGCAGGAAGAAGGGAGGGGUAAAGAGGAAGAAGAGAGCUGCGGACGGAGAGGUGGGGGGCGGAGAGCAGGAAGGGGCCAGUCCAGAGCUGGAGAUUGACAGGGAGCUGGACCGUGACCUAGAGAACAAGUCCAGACAACACAACUUGACCACGGCCAACGUCCGCAACAUCAUUCAUGAAGUGAUCACCAAUGAGCAUGUGGUGGCUAUGAUGAAAGCCGCAAUCAAUGAGACGGAGGCCGUGCCUGUCUUUGAACCCAAGAUGACACGUUCCAAAUUCAAGGAAGUGGUAGAAAAAGGAGUGGUAAUUCCCACUUGGAACAUCUCACCCAUUAAAAAGGUCAAUAAAGAGAAGGCCCCACAGUUUGUUGACAUUCAACUAGCGGAGGAAGACUCCUCUGAUGAAGAGUACUGCCCAGACGAAGAGGAGGAGGACGAGACAGCGGAAGAUACAUUUCAGGAGAGUGACAUGGAGAGCAUGGCCUUGUCUCCUAGAGGAAUCAGAGGAGGCUUCUACAGGGGAAUACACACACAGUGGGACGACGACAGGAGCGUCAGCCCCAUGCAGGUACAACGCAGCAGGUCCAGACACCUGACGGUGGAGGUAGUCCCCAUGGGCCCUCCCCCUCCCCCCCAACCUUCCUCCUCCCAUGGCCCCCAGGGUCCUUCUACCACCAGGGCCCCUCCAGACUUCAGCUUCCUGGAGAAGCUCCAUGCCGUCGAGGAGGAGCUAGCCAUCAGUCCAGUCUGCCUGGAGCCCUACCAGCCACCCAUGGCGGACGGUCUGAUGGCGUGUCGUACUCGCUCCAAGAGGCCCCUCCGGGACGUCCCCAUGGGCCAGCUGGAGGCAGAGCUCUGCGCCCCCGACAUCACGCCUGACAUGUACGGGUGUGGCUCCGCCCCCGAGGACCUUGAGUGGACCCACUGGCUUCAGGGCAUCAUGACCUCUGACAUGUACAAUGAUGAGGAAGGCGACGAUGACGACGACCCGGAGUAUAACUUCCUGGCAGAGAUUGACGAACCCGACGUGGAGGAUUAUCGUAACGACCGAGCCGUCCGCAUCCCCAAAAAGGAAGUGAACCAGUUGAUGGAGGAGUUGUUUGAGACCUUCCAGGAUGAGCUCACUGCUCAGGAGCAAGAUGAGGAAGGACACGAGGAAGAGGAGGAGAGGGAGGAAGAGGCGCCUGCCCUGGGGAAGCCCGCCUUCAGUACCCCGCCAGAUAUCCCGUUGGGGGACCCCAUGGCGGUGGUGACAGCAGGGCGCUACCGUACGGUGAAGGAGCAGCUGGCCGCCAUCCGGCAUCACCGGGCCCUGCUGGAGAGCCAGGGCCUUUUGGCCCCCAGGGCCCUUGUCACCAAGCCCCGUGAGCCCCCACCUCCAUUCACACCCACCCUCUCCCACUGCCAGAGACUCCAACUGCAGCAGCAAGUCCAGCAGCACGUCCAGCUCUUAACCCAGGUCCAAAUGUUGACCAGCCCAGUGGCUGCACUGCAGAGCGAAGCUGCCACCACCAAGCAGUUCCUGAUGGAGUUACAGAUGUUUGCCCAGCGUGGGGAGUUGACCCGGGGCCCAGUGGAGCCAGGCUUCACCAGUGUGUUCAACGCCUGUAACCUACAGGGGGCACUGUCACUGCUAGAGGAGCUCUCACUGUCCCCAAUCCCUUACCAAGAAGCCCCUAACGAGCCACGAACACGCAGGAGAGUCCGGAAGCAUCCGUCGAUGCCCCCCCAGCUGGCAUGGCUGUUUGCCACGCGGCCCGUGUUCCUGUACCCCGAGCUGCUGCCCCACGUCAGCCUGGACCCAGCCCUGCAUUCUGCUCGCUCCGUCAGCAUGUUCACCGCAGGAGAGGACUGCCUGAUCGUCCUGGGCCUGAGGAACCUGGAGGAGACCCUCCAGCCCAAGGAGCUGCUGUGUCACUACCUGCUCCGUGCCAAGAAGGUCUCUCAGCUCCGUGACCACAUUUUGGAGAAGUGUAAACCCACCCAUGCCAACAACGUCAUCAAGGCCUACCGGCUCCAGAAGGUGGUUCAGCCCAUGCCAGUGGCCUGUGAACGAGUGAACCCGGGUGACCUGCGCCCCUCAGUGGAGAGAGAGGAGAGAGCCAUGCCCGGAUGGCUGGGGAGAAGUUUGCCUUAUAUCUACGAGGCAAUCGAAGAUCUCAACAGCUCGCCAGAUACAGAAACCAUGUCGGCUUGUCAAUCAAAGAAAGCCCCACUCAACACGCUUCUCUUCAGUUCUUCCAGGACCUUGGACUACAGCUUCCCACCCGCGACUCGCUACCCGCCCCAACUCCCCGACAGCCUUUCAUUCCAGCGCUGUGGCUUCAGGCGCUGUCACCCUCCACCAGACUGUGACCUCUCGCUGUCCCUUGCUGUAUCGCACAGUGCCCCCCACAGUCUGAAAAGUGGAACUACACGCUCAGAAAAUAAUUUGCAGACGGGUGCUGUGAUUCAGCACGAACUGCAACCCAUCCACCCUGCAACAUCCAAACCUCCUCCUCUUCAGCAUCCCACCAAGCCUCAUCUGAAACAUCCCCUCAGGCCUCAACCCAAACCUUCCCAGAAGCCCCUGCAAGUCAUUCUCAAUUUGCCUGCCCCAGUGGCUGCAGCUGUCCUUUGUCCCGCUCAUUCCGCCAGGGUAUUGGCCUCCCGAUUGUCCCAUUCCGCUCCAUUGGCCGAAGACCAGGUUGCUGGGAAGUUCAGCACGUUCGCCAACCUCCGCAGGCUGCCCAGGCUGCUGCCAGCUCCUCCACCCAACAACAAGAACCCUCCACAAACAAACCUGAAUACUGUGACCCCUAACAGUGGCGCAAACCUCCUUUGGUUUUCACAUAUGAAUAGUAGAACCGCCUCCACUAGUACCGAAACCCAAACGUCUGUCUCUACUACGAGUCCCAUCGAACAAUUCAAGGACAAAUCCACCAGGACCAGCCGGCGGGUGACGAAGGAACUCAAAAGCAGCCUGAAGAGUGAGGGUCAGCCCCAGCCUUCAGCCUCCCCGGAACCCCCUGCCCUGGACCAGGCUCUGACCCCUGACGACUAUGUCACAGCUGUAAUGGAGGAAGAGGGGAGAGAUGAAGAGAAAGAGGACUGUGGCAGGGAAGAGGAGGAAGGGGAUGAUUUUGGAAUGACCCUCCUGGCCCUGUCUGAGUCCUCGGCCAGUCCCCUGGGGAGCGUUGAUUGCAUUAACCCCAUGGAGGAGUCAGAGGAGGUGCAGGAGAUAACGCUGACCCUAUCACCUAGACCGUCGGGCAUGGGGGACGGAGGGAGAGAGGGUGACGAGGGGAUGGGAGAUCAGGAGGUAGAGGAAGCGGUAUCACCAGCCUCCGAGGUGUCCACGUUGUCCGUGCCAGAGCUGCAAGAGACGAUGGAGAAACUGUCAUGGCUGGCGUCGGGGGGGAGGUCAGAGGACUCGGAAGAAGGCGAACGAUCAGGCACACCCUCAGGCUGCUGUAGUAACACCCUCAACCCUCCCAGCUCAAAGCACGAGCAGCAUCACACGGGAGAAGUUGGCAGCGAGGGCAUGUCCAAAAUCCCACCAUUCCUCUGUGACUAUGACGACGUACUCGACAGCGACCCCCUGAGGGAGAAGAAGGAAAUGGCUUUCGCUCAGAAUUAUCUCAACAGGGUGUGCCAUGCCCUGCAGGAGGUGCCGGGGCGUGUGAAGGAGUUUCUGGAGGUACUUUAUGAGUUUGAGCAGGACGGAGAUGAGCACACCUCUGUGGAACUCUUCACCAGGCUAAAGCCUGUUCUGAAUGAGUGGCCGGAGCUGCUCCGAGACUUUGCUGCCUUCCUCCAUCUCGAACAAGCCCAGGAGUGUGGACUUCUCGCAGAACAGCAGGCAUUUGAGCGGAGCCGGCGCUUCCUGCGACAACUGGAGCUGAGCUUUGGGGAAACCUCCUCGCACUACUGCAAGAUAGUGAGCGUCCUUCAAGGAGGCCCUACUCUCAGCCCUGCUGGCAUCAAGGAGAUGAAAGCUCAGGUGGCCACCCUUCUCCAAGGUCACACCCACCUGCAGGGUGAGUUCUGGGGUUUUUUCAACGAGCUCCACAUACGGCCCUCGCCACAGUGUCAGACUGAGAACAGAGGCUGUGGUGAUGUGACCAACACAAACUCCACUUCCCAGAGGUCAUCAGCAGCAAAUGCCAAGAGAUGCCAAGGUCCUAAAACCCCAAAAGCCAAACGAGUAAGGGAGGAUGAAGCGGACGAGGAGAAAGAAGGGGAUCGCUCUAACCGCCCAGUCUGUGCUAAAAACAUCUUGCUUACACCCAGUGGAGAGAAAGUCAUCCUCUGGACCAGGGAGGCGGACCGUGCCAUCUUGACCGCCUGCCAACAGAAGGGAGCUAAUAAAAGCACCUUUCAGGCUGUCUCCACCCAACUUGACAACAAGACAGCCAAUGAGGUUGGCGCCCGUUUCCAGGACCUCAUGCGCCUGUUCCGUUUCUCCACGCAACGGGUCUUCUCCGAUGAGGACGUUAGUGACACAGAGCAGCCAACCAGCAGCAGAGAGCCAGAACUGGACUGAACCGGACCCAACACCAAGGCUGCGAUCAGCGGGGAAAAAUGUGGAACGUUCAAAUGGACAUAUACUGAGCGUGGCCCAGGGGAGGAGUACUGUUAUAACAGUCAGCUGGACUGACCUGGGAGCAGUCCAAGCUACAGAAAAGGAGGAGCACUUGAUUUAACAAUCUCUGAAUACUUGGCUGGGACUGUAUAAGAAUCUCUGACUCAACACUAUAGGGGACUGCAAAGACAUGUCUCCCUUUGAUGGCACUAUAUGGGUCCACUAAUGAGAUGAUUUUUUACUAUUAUGUGCAUGAGUGCCAUGUGCAGGCCACAUGAGGUUCCUGGUGCUAUGAACCAUGUAGGUGGGAGGAGGUGCAGCAAAUGUGAAGUACAAUUGUCUUGAUUGUAUAAAAAAGGCCGAUUGCAGAAUGUGUUAAUUUGGUCGUGGCUCCACAUAAUAUUUAGUUUGCUGUUGAGGGGAUUUAAAUGAAAACGGACACAUAUACAGUAGCACAAUCAUGUUGAAAUGAUCAGCUGAAAUAUAUAUGUAAUAUUUUGUUAAAGGGGAAAACGGGUCAUUGAUUUCCAACAACCAGGUCAGGCCCCAUGCAUAAGCGACAUAUUCGGUCGCCUUGGGAUCUCAACUUACUGUUACUUAAACUUACUGUUGAGUUAGAAUAGUAGAAUACACAAGGUGCAAUUUCGAAAUUUGGUUGUGCAUCAGCAGUUUUUCUCAUAUCAGUUACUGACAGUCACUAAAUUAGCUAUGUCAGCUAACCAUUUUUAGAUUGGGUUGGGGGGGGCUGGCAAGACUAAUUUACCAUUCUUGCCUAGGGCAGCCCUUUUUCCAAUUGUACAGUUUGCCAUUGUGUUUUGUAAUGAAUCUACUGGUAUUGAGUGGGCAAUUGUGUAUAUUUGAAUAAAAUAUGCACAUUUGUUUUACAGUGGUGCCUUCCAGUUUAUUGUUGUGUUGAAAUAAAACAUGAAUGUGAUUCUUACUUAUACUA